AAUUUCCGUUUUCGGGUUUCCAACAAACACCCAACGCCUUCUCACAAAUGUCUCAACUACAACAAGUUCAACAAUAUCAAGCGCUCCAACAAAUCAUGGAACGCAACACGUUUGAACAACUCCAAUCCCAAUCGCAACCCCCGGUUCAAGUUGAAGAUGAUGAUGAAGAAGUCGUCCCCGAAUCACCACCGCAAGAGCUCACGCGCAAAAAAAAGAAGGGGAAGGGAAAGAUGGUUGAACCCGAAACCGCGCAAAAACCGAGAGCAAAGGGGAGGCAAUGGACGAAAGUAGAAGAGGAGGCGCUAGCUAUGGCGUAUACUAAGGCCUCUAAUUGCCCGAUAGUCGGAAACAACCAAACGGGUAGUAGUUUUUGGAAGAAGGCAACGGAUAGGUUUAACGCGAUUAUGGAGCAUGGGGAGGCUCGUGAUGUCGAAUCCGUCUCGGGCAAGUGGCGUAAAAUGAGCAAAGUCAUCAACAACUUUAACGCGAUUUAUAACCAAAUUUACCUUAAUCCUCCAAGCGGGAGUAACGAGCAAGAUAUUCUUAACCUUGCUAUCGCCAAGUGGGACUCCCAAAAUCCAACGCCUUUCCCGCACUUCCGAGCAUGGAACGUUGUAAGGAAAGAACAAAAAUGGAAGCCGGUUCCAAAUGAGGUCGCAACGGCCAAACGCACUAAAACUUCCGAGUCCGGAAGCUAUAGUGCGGGAGGCUCCACCGCUCGAUGUCAAAUUGACAUAAACGACGACCCGGAAGAUGACGAGGAUGCGUUGCCCAUUCACGAGUCGGAACGUCCCACCGGGAGGGACAAAGCAAAAAAAGAAGCGGCCGGAAAGCGAAAAGUGUCCGGCUAG